CCAGUGGUGAAUUUCUGGAGUUUUGAGAGAAGCCAGGCUUCUAGAUAUUCAUGGAACCUCUGUUUCUCUUUUUCUAAAAUCACAGCUAAAGGUGCUGUCAAGACCUGGUGAAGCCUGGGGACCCUCGUCUGCAGCUUUGCCAUUAGAUAGUCACCAGGGCCCUUGCCAGCUAACUUAUAACCUGUGACUUGCUCUGGUCACAGAACAAGUUAUUGAUGGACUUGGUCUUUGAUUCCAAACUUUCAGGUCUAAGACUACGGCCAUUCAUGAGAAUUGGUUUCUAAAUGCGAAAGGCAUUACCCUCUGUCUCCUCCGUGACAGAUGGGCAGAGGCGAGAGGGGAAGAGGCCCCAGUCCAGGUCCACUCCACCACUUACAAACUGGUGGGACAGGCCCUGGGCCUUGCCACCUCUCUGGGCCUCACUGUCCUAACCUAUCACAUGGCCAUCAUGCUACCUGGUUUAACCAAGCCCAGCCCCCAUCGAUGUCCCCAGGUAAGUCUCUCCCUGCCCUGAGCCUCGGGUUCCGCUGACCUGUGCUGACCUUGGGUUCCUUUCUGUUGCAGGAGACAUGAGCACAGAGGGCUCCAGUCUCUCCAGCCCCAGGGCCGCCAGCCCCCAGGACGCCUUCACGGCUCCUGUCACCCCUGGGACUCUCACCGGGGCGACGGACCCCCUCCCUGUGCUCAUCGCCCUGGCCUGCAUCUUCCUCCUGCUGGCUUCUUGUCUACUGUUCCUGAUCCUCUGCAGGCCGGCUGCUCUGGACCCCCGCCACCGCAGGGCCCGCGAGUGCAUGCCCCACCACCCCGAGAGCCCCAGCGAGCCCCAGCUCCGGCUUUGGAAGCGCCUGGGCUCCCUGCGCCGCUCUCUGCACAGCUUCCGGAGGGGGUGGCUCACCGCCCCUCCACGGCCACUGCCAGGCCACGACAACCCCCCGGGCAGCUGUGACUGCACGGAAUCGACCAAAAUGUGACAGGCGUUUCCAAACAGAUGCCCCCACUAUCCUCCACCCCCGGCAGAUCCUCCCGCCUGGGACUUCUGGGACUGCAAGACAGCGGCCCAAGCAACCUGGGCCCUGUGCUCACCUCCAGGGCUGCCCUGGGUGCCCAGCCAGUGUCCUUUCUCAAAGGUGGUCCCUGAAACAGCACCCUCUUUUCUG